AUGGGUCAUCUUCAAAAUAUGCAAUCUCAAGACAUGAACUUGGUAUUGUCUACUGAUGCCAAACCCAGGCUUAAAUGGACUCCUGAACUUCAUCAACGAUUCGUCGAUGCAGUCAAUCAGCUUGGUGGGCCAGAGAAGGCAACACCUAAGGGUCUGAUGAGAGUGAUGGGAAUUCCAGGACUCACUUUGUAUCACCUCAAGAGUCAUUUACAGAAGUACAGGCUUGGAAAAAAUCAUCAACAGUCAGAAACCUGCAGUGAAUCUAGAUCAGAGGCCACUGAUUGCAAAGAAAACCCUAGUAUCGAUGUGCUUAAUCUUUUUGAUGAGGAAAAGUUAACAAAUGAUUCAACUGAAGAUCAGUUUAAUGAAAACGUUCGAAUAGCUCAGGCUAUAAAAAUGCAGAUGGAGGUGCAGAGAAAACUCCAUGAACAAAUUGAGGUACAAAGACACUUACAGCUUCGAAUCGAAGCACAAGGACAGUAUUUGCAAAAGGUGCUUAAGAAAGCGCAGGAAACACUUUCGAGCUAUAACUGUUCAGCAGCUAGUGUAGAACAUGCAAAAGCUGAACUGUCUCAUUUAGUCUCAAUGGUUAGUAGUUCAUCAUUCUCUGGAAUAACAAAUGCAACAGAUUUAUCCCUCGAGAAUCUAGAUCAGAAACAUGUAAUGAGAUAUACAGGUUGUUCUGUUGAAAGCUCCUUGACUUCAUCUGAGAGCUCGGGUAGAAGAGAGGAUGAGAAGGAAACACAGGUUGAAAAUGAAGAAAUCGAAAAGGGUAACCAUGGAGAUUGUGUGUUUAUUCUUCCAUUAUUAGAUGAAUCGAGAACACGAGGGAUGGGUUCGAGGAAGAGGAGCAAAAACACAAUUUCUGAGAACAAUUGGGUAGAACAAACAAGUUGCAAGAAAUCAAAGCAAGAAAAUGGAGAGGAAAUAGGACAUGGAUUGAGAAAGUUUGGACUUUUGGAGACAAUUGAUCUUAAUAGCCAAUGUGAGAAUGACUUAGAUUUAGGUCCAAGGCAACCAAUAGAUUUAAACUCAAAGGAAUAGAAAUAUUCCAUCUGCAUCUUUAUUAGGUGCUCUUGGGUGGACCAUUAAACUAGAUUGGCCCCCUUAUUUAGAAUAAUAUAGUGAUUUUUAUGCACCAAAAAUAGUGGGUUCUUUGGAGAUAACGUUUGUUUAUAAAAAAAUUUAUGUGAUAAUGCUUGUAUAUUUUUAGACUUUCUGGAAACUUUUUGGAGUAUAUACUGAAAAGGAAGCAUAUAUAUGUAAUGUAAUAGGAAUUACUUAUUGUGUAUAUAAAAGUAGCUCACUUUCCUUAUCCUGGUUGUUCUGGGAAACUUCUGAAUUGCAUGAUUGUAUAGUUGGAGAUAGUUGGUUGGUUCAGAUAAUCUUUCAUAUCCCAAAUAUUUUACGUCCAAGUGCUCAUACUGAGCUGUCUAAUAUUGGAAUUUUUCUAUAAAUUACUCCCUUUUUUAUUGAGUUUGCUACUAAUAAAAACAAAUCACGGUAAAUGCAAUGUUUGUUCAUAAUUUAGUGUGAAUGCGGAGGAAAUAAUUCAAUAUCUCAAGAUAUGUUUUAUGCUUUAUUACAUCUUCUAUACAUAUUGACAUUUUGGGUUAAUCUUGUUAAAUUUUGAGUGAAGUAGAAAAAUGGCGUAUUUUUUUCUGGGAUUACAGAGUAGGCUGAAAGAAGGGAGAGUUAGAUAGAUGAGAGUCAAGCUCAUGACCUAACUUGGAAAAAGUGAAAUUGU